CAUGACGCAAGGGACGCUCGCGGUGUCUCCGGUGAGGAAGUGGAGCAGAAUGAAAGUCAAGAAGUUCUUCCUCCGCUUGUGAACUGUCGUCGCCAGCGAGUCGCGCUCAGAGCGGAGCCGGACGAUGCAUCAUGGAGACGGCCGCCGCAGCACCGCGUCAGAGGACAAGGCCGAGAGCGAGCAGCACCGGCCGCUCAUCCUGGAAAGAGUGGAGGAAAGAACCUCUCCCGGCUGUUGGACUGUGGCGUCACGGCGGCUGAAGAAGCACUGCUCCUGCUCGCAGCAGAAGGUCAAGGCCAAGAUCCUGGACUUCCUUCCCGUCCUAAAAUGGCUGCCACACUACCAGCUGAAAGACUGGAUCCUGGGCGACGUCAUGUCCGGACUCGUUGUGGGAAUCCUGUUGGUUCCCCAGUCCAUCGCCUACUCCUUGCUGGCUGGUCAGGACCCCAUCUAUGGGCUCUACACCUCCUUCUUCUCCUCCAUCAUCUACACGCUCCUCGGCACCUCCAGGCACAUCUCUGUGGGCAUUUUUGGGGUUCUGUGCCUGCUGGUGGGCCAGGUGGUGGACAGGGAGCUGGCGUUGGCAGGGUACCUCUCCGAGAGCAUCAGCACCAACAACAGCGCCGCCCUGCUGGCAGACUCUGGCAACGGCAGCGCGGUGGUGCUGUGUGACAGGAGCUGCUACGCUAUCGUCGUGGGGGCGACGGUCACGUUCACCGCGGGGGUCUACCAGGUGCUGAUGGCUGUUUUCCAGGUGGGCUUCAUCUCAGUCUACCUGUCCAACUCCCUCCUCAGCGGCUUCGCCACCGGAGCCUCCCUGACCAUCCUCACCUCCCAGGUCAAGUACCUCCUGGGCCUGAAGCUCCGCAGACCCCAAGGCUGGUUCACGCUGAUCAAGACCUGGAUGGGUCUGCUGGCCAACGUGGGCCAGACCAACCUGUGUGACCUGCUGACCAGCCUGGUGUGUCUGCUGCUGCUGGUGCCCACCAAGGAGCUCAACUACCGCUUCAAGGCCAAGUUGAAGGCUCCAAUCCCCUUCGAGCUCUUUGUGGUCAUAAUCGCCACACUGGCGUCUCAUUUCGGCCGUUUCCACCUGGAAUACGGCUCAGAGGUGGCCGGGGAGAUCCCCACGGGCUUCAUGCCGCCGCAGCUGCCGUCGUGGUCCCUCAUCCCCAACGUGGCGGUGGACGCCCUCGCCAUAGCGCUGGUGGGCUUCGCCAUCACGGUGUCGCUGUCGGAGAUGUUCGCCAAGAAGCACGGCUACCAAGUGGACGCCAACCAGGAGUUGUACGCCAUCGGCUUCUGCAACGUCCUGCCGUCGUUCUUCAGGUGCUUCACCACCAGCGCCGCCCUGACCAAAACUCUGGUCAAGGAGUCGACGGGCUGCCAGACGCAGGUGUCCGGGCUGGUCACCGCCGUGGUCCUGCUGCUGGUGCUGCUGGUCAUCGCGCCGCUCUUCUAUUCCCUCCAGAAGUGCGUGCUCGCCGUCGUCAUCGUGGUCAACCUCCGCGGCGCUCUGCGAAAGUUCGCCGAGGUGCCUGGCAUGUGGCGCGCCAACCGGGUGGACGCCUCCAUCUGGUUGAUCACCAUGACGACCUCGGCGCUGGUCAACACGGAGCUGGGUCUCCUGGUGGGGGUCCUGGUGUCCGCCUUCAGCGUCCUGGUGCGAACCCAGCGUGCGCAGGUGCUGGAGCUGGGCCGCACCCCCGGCAGAGACCACUACGAGGCCCUGGCCUCCUACCAAGGCCUGCACGCUCACCCGGGAGUGGUCGUGGUCAGAUACCCCGCCCCCAUUUACUACGCCAACCAGACUCUGUUCAGGAAGUCUUUGUACCGCCGCGUGGGACUGGACCCCGUGGAGGAGAAGACUCUCCGCGUCAAGUUGGGGAAGAAGUCCAAAGACAAGGAAGGAGUCCAGGAAGACGGCGAAAGUGCUAGCAGUGUCACUUUGAGGCUGGACAAGAAAUCUCAGUGCGCUUUACGCGGAUUAGUGUUGGACUGCAGCGCCAUCUUGUUCCUGGACACCGUGGGUGUGAACGCCCUGAAGGAAGUACGCAAGGAUUACGCCGAAAUUGGGGUAACGGUGGUCCUGGCUCAGUGCAACACGGCCGUCCUGGACGCUCUUCAGCAAGGGGAAUACAUCCCGGAGAGAGACGACAGGGCCUUUUUUUUCACCAUCGCAGACGCCGUCCGUCACGUGCAGCACGUGUCCACGCCAAAUGGCGACGCCGGACUCUGAGGUUUACUGAUGAUGUGUUUACCAAUGCCGAAGCAGUUACUGAAAGUGGCCAAUUAUGCACCAACUUUAUUCUUUAACAAUCACAAAUAAGUCCUGUUUCAAAGUCAAGAAUACUUUUUACCACAACUUUAAAUUCUACAUAUGCAGUAACGAUGUUUUCAAUACUUUUUAUACGCACCUUUUGUAUGGGAGGUUGUUUUCAAAAAACUGGAAAAUGUCAUUUCCAUAGAACAUUUGCAGAAAUGCUGAAGAGCCAAAGUCGAAUAUAAAUGCUAACAGUCAAGUAACAAGCAAAAGAAGCUAGCAUGCUAGUGUUAGCAUGCUAGCUUCUUUUGUAUGUUGGUAAACCUCACUCUCUGACAACCUUAAAGGCCUACUGGAAUGAGAUGUUCUUAGCAGGUCUAUUCUAUGUGUCAUACUUCAUCAUGUCGCGAUAUUGCGGUAUUUUUGCUGAAAGGAUUUAGUAGAGAACAUCCACGAUAAAGUUCGCAACUUUUGGUCGCUUAUAAAAAAGCCUUGCCUGUACCGGAAGUAGCAGACGAUGUGCGCGUGACGUCACGGCUUGUGGAGCUCCUCACAUCUGAACAUUGUUUACAAUCAUGGCCACCAGCAGCGAGAGCGAUUCGGAUUGAGAAAGAGACGAUUUCCCCAUUAAUUUGAGCGAGUAUGAAAGAUUCGUGGAUGAAGAAAGAGAGACUGAAGGACUAGAAAAAUGAAAAAAAAAAGACUAUACAGUGAGAGCGAUUCAGAUGUUAUUAGACACAUUUACUAGGAUAAUUCUGGAAUAUCCCUUAUCUGCUUAUUGUGUUACUAGUGUUUUAGUGAGAUUAUAUGGUCGUACCUGUACAACCUGAAGGUCGGCCCUGCACCUUUCUGCAGCAGCAGUCGACGGGUGGUGGCGAUGCCCAUCACUGCCCUUCGCAAGGGACCCUCUUCGAAAUGAUCGCUGCAUAAUACACCGUACUUUGUGUGUGUGGUCCAAUCCAACAGAGUUCGCUUGACUGCUCUGUUCCAUAGUAAAGCAUCACCGUCAUCUUUCAGGAAUGUAAACAAUGAAACACCGGCUGUGUUUGUGUUGCCAAAGGCGGCCGCAAUACAACGCUUCCCACCUACAGCUUUCUUCUUUGACGUCUCCAUUAUUCAUUGAACAAAUUGCAAAAGAUUUAGCAACACAGAUGUCCACAAUACUGUGGAAUUAUGCGAUGAAAACAGACGACUUACAGCUGUGAACGGUGCUGGAACAAGAGGUCCUCUACAAUGCGUGACGUCACGCGCACGCGUCAUCGUACCGCGACAUUUUAGCAUGAUACUUCCGCGCAAAAUUUAAAAUUGCAAUUCAGUAAACUAAAGCGGCCGUAUUGGCAUGUGUUGCAAUGUUAAUAUUUCAUCAUUGAUAUGUAAACUAUCAGACUGCGUGGUCGCUAGUAGUGGCUUUCAGUAGGACUUUAAGGGCAGCGCAAGUUACCAGGAUGCUAGCCCAGGCUUUUAGCUCAAUAGCUAGCCUGCUCAUUUCUGAUCCCGUACGAGCAGAAAAGCAGGGACGGAACCGGGCGGGUUACAGCAGUGCCGUGACCCGGACCAGAGUGAGGUUUUAGGGGGUGGGUACAACGAAUGCCAGCCAGUGUUUCAGACCCAAAUGGACGUUGGUAAACAUCACUCACUUAAGAGCAGUGCAAGUUACCGGGUUGCUAGCCCAGGCUUUUAGCUCGGUAGCUAGCACGCUCGUUUAACCAAGGUUUAGUCCCGGGUGGAAGAGAAAAGCAAGGAGUGAACCGGGUGGGUUACAACGGUUCCGUGACCCGGACCAAAGUGAGGUUUUAGGGGGUGAGUAUAACUAAUGCCAGCCAGUGUUUCAGACCCAAAUGUACUUUGGUAAACCUCACACUCUGACAACUUUAAGAGCAGUGCUUGUUUUGCUUAGUAGCAAGCACGCUCCUCUUUCACGGCGGACGACCCAGGUUUAGGCCCGAUCAGAAAAGAAAAGUAGUUACUGAACCAGGCGGGUUGCAUCUGUACAAAACGGAAUGUUCCGUGGCAAAAUAGCAAUACUGAAUACAUGUAUCUAUUAGGUGGUGAGUGAAUCCACUACGUUUCUACAGUAUUUUCCCGCUGCAACCUUUGUAGAAAUGACAGACGUGUUACUGACGUGUUUAUGGCCAAAUGAGGGAUGAUAGUUGAUGAGGCUAGCAUGAAGUAGUGGGAGGAAGCCUGACUACUCACUUUUAGUGUGUCCGCCCUCCUGACACUUGGCAAACACGGGAGGGAGCGGAGCAAAGGUCUUGUCCAGGCAGAGCAUCCGCCUCUUUAUUGGUUUUGUUGGAUGUAGAACCGCUGCAUGGGGUAUAUAUCUGUCAAAGCGUCCAUGUCAAUCAUUAAUCAUGCAAAUGUCAGGGAAACCUUUGUUUCUGCAACCAAACUUGUCGUGUGAAACUACCUCACUCAGUCAAACAUGCUGGACUUCUUUAUGUGCUACGAGACCAUUCUUGUUGUUUUUUCAUCUGUCCGUCAAGAUGGUUGAGGUCAAAGGUUAAUUAGCACAUGCUCUUCGCCCCUCUGUCACAUUUGUUUUCUAGCAGAGGUGGAGGAAAUCAUCCAUUUUUAGAUGCAUCGCAAUUCGGGCAUGGAGGAUUAUAAAAUCGAUUAGUAAAAGUCAAUAAUUGAUUAAAUAAAUGUAAAUAAAAUAAUGUAGACAAUUCUAAAGUUGGGCUCACCAAGAGAUCAGAGCAGCUCCUUCAUUUUAAGCCACCUAUGUUACAGUUUUUGCACACAUUUCCAUUCAUUUAAUUCAGGUAAGAACUAAUUGAACUCUUAUUACAAAUUCACUGUUUUUAAAGUUGCAAGUGAUAAACAUUUAGUGAAACCAAAAUAAAUGCAAAACUGCAUCAACACAAACACACACGUAUGUGUAUAUAUGUAUAUAUAUAUAUAUAUAUAUAUAUAUAUAUAUAUAUAUAUAUAUAUAUAUUAGGGCUGGGCAACGAUUAAAAAUUUUAAUCGAAGUUAAUCGCACUAUUUCUCCGAUUAAUCGCGAUUAACUGCAUUGUAUACGCAAAGCCCAAUAAUGAAUUCAAAAGUAGUGUGUAGUGCACCUUUAUUGGAAUAUUCUCCCACAUGAACAAAAGCGCCAAAACAUUUGUUGUGCAAACACAAUUUAAAUCAGUCCUUGUUAAACAGUAGCAGUUAAAUAGCAUAUUUUAUGAAAAUCAACUCCAAAAAUGGAAAUACAAACAUUUAAGCUUAUUGCCACUGCCAGGGUAUUUAAGUUAUCCUGUUUGUUAUGGAAAAUAAAUAUAAUCUACAUACAAAUCUCUGAGCCACAAUCAUAACAUCUGAACAGGCAAUUUCUGAGGUAACAGCAGAAACAUUUUUUUUAUCAGGGAUCUUAUGUUUAAAAAACCUAUAUUAUAGGUAGUGGACUGUUUUAGGGAAUUUUGGAUCAAAUUAUCCGUAAUAGCAAUAUUAAUAAUGUUGUGUUUAUUCUGCGUAGUGCACUUAAAAUAAUUAUGACCAUAUCCAGGAAUUGAUAUGAUGGGAAUUUUCCGAUUGUUUGCUUGGUGCUUUGAUAAACUGAAGGCAUCAUAUACAUGGUACUAUAUUGUGAUGUUAUGAGCCAGGGAAAAAAAGAACUACCCUACCCAGCAUGCAACAGGAGUGAGGAGCAUGCGCGGUAGCCCGGUAUAGGUUGUGUCGCCAUGACGGCAUCUUGUAUGUUGUGAUAUGCACGCUCUGAAAGUAAACGUUAAGAACUCAGCCAACACUCCUGGUCUGCAUUAUUGAUAAAUAGACAGACAACACAUAUACUCCGCUGCUUCACAGGCCGCUGGAUGUAGCCGGCAAAGUAUUCCCAUGCUAGCUAGCCAAAGAUUCCCACCUCCACAAAUGAGAUCAGAGCAAGAACCCUGUUGUACGUCAACCCCUGAAAUGGAGCCAUAUCUCAUGCUGAUUGGGGUGAAAGGUUAAAAUCCACACACCAUCAGCUACCAAGGCAAGAACCCCAUUGAUGUCGACUCCUGUCUGACUUGUGGUUUUUAGACUUUUUUUGGUCACUUGUGUUUUUUAUUCUGUAUUUUUCUGUCUUUGAUCAGAUGUCGGAGUCACAGUUAUUUGUUUGCAAAAGGAAUACUGCCAACAGUUUAGUUCACCAAGUACACUGUGUACUUAAUUCCUUAGUGUGCACAUUUUGACAGAGUAAUUCAAAUCAAUUUCUUGCCUACAACGGCUCUGGAUUAGUUUUUACCUCAUCCUUCACUUAAAGUGUGAGGGAAGAAUGCACCCGUGACCUGAUAAGAGAAAGAGAUGAUUAUCUGUUUACAGAUGCCACCUGGCUGCUGUGUGAGCACACUGCAGCUAGUCCUGAAUAGUCCCACUCCCUAAUGCUUCAGUCACACGCAGGAUUCUCACAGGAAUGAUGCAAAAAUUCAUCGAGACCCAGUGUACGAAGCCAGGGGUGUCCACAUUUUUUGGGGCUGCAUUGGGCUAAAACAUUGUGGCCGAGGGCUGAAAGCCAAAUGCAUGUAAAGUAACUCAUAUAUAUAUAUAUAUAUAUGUAUAUAUAUAUAUAUAUAUGUGUGUGUGUUUACAUAUUAUAUAAAUAUAAUGGAUUAAUAAGUAAUGUACUUUUAUAUUAAGAGUAUGCGGAAGUUCGACUCCUGCAUUGUUUACUUCCCUGACGACCUCCUUCAAGUGUUUUGUAAUCAAUCAGGACUAUCAAGCAGCUAAAAUGCACCAAACAUGAAUAAGUGUCGUGAAUGUUUUGCAUUUUUCCCGUUGUGCCUUGUAAUGCAUUUAAAUGAGAGUCAUUUUGAUUCUUUUAUGGUACAUUGACAUUUUUUUUUUGUAUUGCCCACACAUUUUUUGAUAGUUAUUUCUAUAUUUUUCCCCCCGCCAUGACUAGGGAAGGUUGUUUGUAUUUGGUCUUAUAAGUAAAUGCACACACUUUCAUUCAGAGCAAAUUAAUCACACUGUCCCCUAAAUGGUGACAUAAUAGCAGGUGCACAAUUGUCAGAGUACAAUAAUGGAUGCACAUCUGCAUGUGGGUUAGAUUCCUUAUUGAUAUAAUGACGUCUCGUGGGCAAUAGUUUGGACACCCCUGUGCUAAGCAAUAUUCAGCUUCGUCUUUUUUCCCCUUUUUAAGUCCAAUCACUCGAAGCAUCCUCACCAAAAUGUCGACCACUCUGCAAUAAUUACUCCUCUUAAAAAGAGUUUUAAAAAAAAUACAAGUUAUUUUGGCUUGUAAUUAGGACAAUAAUCUACCAAUGGAACAAGUCAAAAUUGUCUUGGUAGGAUUUCUUGAAAUCAGACAUUACAUUUAAGUUUUUAAAAACCUAAAAGUGAUCUUAAAUUAGCAAUUAAAACUUAUUAGCAAUCCUUACUAGCAUUGUGAAGAUGCUCGUCUUGUUACAAACUUGUGAUGUUAAAAUUAUUUUAUUCCUCAGAUCUAUUUCCUAAAAACAAGUUGUUCAGUCUGACUAAAAAUGACAAUUCAGGGAAAUGUGACUUGUGUUAGUUAUGUUGGUUUACAUAUUUUGACAAGAAAUGACAAAUAUAUACUUGGUGAGAUUGGGGGUUUUUGCAAGUACACCUAAUAAAAUAAGUUAUUUUUCUCCCUUCUUAUUGAUUGUCCAAUAAUUCUAAAUGCAUUUGUUGUGAGUUUUUCUGGCCUGCGUGCAUCCCUCGCUUCAAAUCAGGCAAGGAUUGUGUUUGCUGGUGGCUCCCUUUCCGCUACGUAGCCAAGAUGGCGACUCUUUCCACCUCUGCACGCUUGAAAUCUGCGUUUUGCCUCACUUCUAAGUGUGAAGGCACUUAUGCACCCAAAAGACUCAAGUGUGAGUAUGUAAGUGCAAUAAUUGAGACAAUCUUUUCUUCUCUUCAAUCAGCUUUAUAGAGACUAUUAGCUUUAAUGCCAAAUGCCUUAAUAAACACACGAUGACUGUACUAUACUUGUGUGCUGUAGGACCUGUACUCAUGCUUGCUUAGUCAAUAAAUUAGUCUUUGUUCAACAAUCA